CAGAAGCAUCAAUAUCCUGGCAUUUGCGAGCGCCAAGUCUACGACGCGCGGCCGACUGGCGCACACGCAUACCGCGAUCAUUGCACGACCCACGACUCCGGUACACAUGGAGCGUAUUAUCACCUCCUUGCUGUUAAUAUUCUCCACGGACUUCUUCAUCGAAAGUUUUCCAAUAAAAAAUGGAUUCAAUGUAAAGUUUAAACCACUUUUAUACAAAGAAGAAGUUCAUCCGAAAACUUUUGGCGCCCUUUUUGCAAAAAUAUCACAAGAGUUCACACCAGAAGCUAUUCUCAGACGAGAAAUAUUUGCGAAGUCGUUCCCUGGCGCGCCUCCGGAGCUGGGCAUGGGCUGCUCCAACCAGGUGGCCCGGAUGAUGUUCCCCAUCAAGAUCCCGGGAAAGAACGACUCUGCUGAUGCCGUGUGGACAGGGGAAAGUUACCUUAAUUUGCCUAUCAUCAAGCAGCCCUACAAGGACUACAAGGUAUUAGUAGCGGCUGCACCUCCUGAUAUCAAAAUUGGUCGAGGAGAAGAAGGCAAAAAAGUGGUUGUAUAUAUUAUUUUUUCUGAAGACGGAUCAAGUGAUAUAGAGGAUGGUGUAAAUAUGCCCGAAAUAUAUUUCGUGAAUAAACCACAGGAAGUAAAUGAUGAACUGAAAAAAGAGAAAGAUGCCGAAAAAACACAUGUACCUGGUCCGUUAAUAAUCAUAGAUAACAAUAGAACAGUGACUGGUUUAAAAAGCAAAAAUGUGGAAAAAGUUGUUAAAUUCAAGAAUAAUCUAAUAAAUAAUAUUUACAACUAUGAACUUGUACCUUGAAUUAUCAACAUACACAGUAGAAGCACUAGGGGAUGUCGAUAUGGGUAAUGUUUAGUACUUUUGUAUAUAUACAUAUAAUUUUACUAACAAUUGACGUUAUGAACAUGAUUGAUUGA